AUCUCCGAACUCGCUCCUCUCUAACGGCCCUGAGCCGGCAACCGGCAAAUGGCCUUAUACAUAAGGACGAAGCGGGUGACGGAUCCGCUAGACGAGCGAGUCCGCGAUCGCCUCCGCGGCGUUAUGACUGGCUACGCCAGUAGCGGCAGCGAACAUGACGGGGCCGUCGCAGACGACGGCCACUCCUGCUUCUCCGACCUCAUCCAUGACUUCCUCGAACCACGAUACACCUUAGACGAACGCGAUGAAUCCGGCUCCGGUGAGGAUUCAGAUUCCGAUAAAGGCGCCGCCUUGGAGAAAGCAGCCGAGCAAGCAAAGAAGCUCCGGGAGCUUCUAGACCCGUCGCUGGAGUCCGAUUCUUUCCGCUCUCGGCUUAAAUCGGAUGUGGAAGAGGCGAUUCGGCUAACUGGACCGGGAUUCCGGCGUGGUGUGAUGGGGCGGCUAAGGGAGAGGGGUUACAAUGCCGGGAUCUGCAAGGCGCGGUGGGAGAGCGCCGGAGGAUUAACGGCGGGAAGCUAUGAGUAUAUCGAUGUCAUCGAUGCGGAUGCGGAUGAGGAAGGGGAUCGGAGGUACAUCAUUGAUUUGGGAUUCGCAGCGGAGUUUGCGGUUGCACGGGCGACGGAGGAGUAUGAGAGGGUGGUUGGGGGGCUGCCGGCCACGGUGGUCGCUCGGGCGGAGGAGGUUCGAGCAGCGGUGCGAAUCGUGGUAGAGGUUGCCCGCCGGUCGCUGAAGAGCCGAGGGCUGUGUGUGCCACCGUGGAGGAAGAGGAAGUACAUGUUGGCCAAAUGGCUGGGACCUUACCGCCGGACGUUGAACGAGAUCCCGGCGAACACCGCAGCCGAAGGAGGCGGUGAGGUAAAAUGCCGGGCGGUGGGAUUCGGUGCGCCGAGGAUCGCUGCCGUGCCGAAGCCGACGGUAGCGGUAGAAGAGACGUCAAGGUCAUUUUGGUAAUUGUGCUGACGUGUCGCUCUACGAGCCGGCGAGCACAGGGAAUCGUCUCGCCGU